AUGACAGAACCCCAGCCCGAGUCGGGCGACGAGGCAAGCCAUGCGAAACCCACCACUUCGGUCCACGAGCGCGAACAGCAGGUCUCGGACGGUGGCCAAGAUACAGCUAGCCAUGUGGACGACGGUGACGAACACGACGACGAGGACGAGGAACACAGCGAAGAGGAUGACGAAGAGGACGAGGAAGAGGACGAGCCAAAACUCAAGUAUGCGCGUCUCACCCACCACUUGGGCCCCGUCUAUAGGAACGGCGACGCUACGAGUGCCUUUCUCGUCGCCGGAGACAAGAUGGUCAUCGGCACGCAAUGUGGCAAUAUACAUGUCAUCCAACUCCCUACGUUCCAACCAUUGCUCGCCUACCAUGCCCAUGAUGCUUCCGUUACGAGUAUUUCGAUUUCGCCAUAUCCCCCUCCGUCUCUGCCAUCCACCCUCAAGCCCGAAGCCGUGAGCAGGGCAAUGGCCGACGCUGCCAGUAUCCCAACUACAAAGCAGUCCGACCCGAAACCGUCGCCCGCUAAACAACAGAGGACUCGCGAGCUGCCCCAGGUUCCCAACCUUCCAUCGAACAACAUAUACAUCGGAACCUCAUCUCAAGACGGCAUGGUUCGCGUUCAGCCGCUUAUCGAUUUGAAAGACUUCCAACUGAGGAAUUUCGCCCGGCCGGUACAGGCAGUUGCUAUGUCGCCAGACUUCAAGAAUGACAGGACCUAUAUCUCCGGAGGGCGUGCUGGCAACCUGAUUCUGACCGUUGGCGCGCCGUCAGGUCGAAGUACAUCGACGACCACAGGAACAGCUACUGCCGCCGCGUCAGGAUGGUUGGGCAGUAUCGGGAUAGGGGCAAACUCCGGCAAGGAUACAGUCCUCCAUUCUGGAGAAGGGAACAUAAACACCAUCAAGUGGUCUCUGUCGGGGAGAUAUGUCGUUUGGCUCAAUGAACACGGUAUAAAGAUCAUGCGAAGCAAACUACACCUCGAGAGCGCCGAUGCUGAGGACGCCUGGAAACGAAUCGGGCAUAUCGACCGGCCACAGACUGACGAGUGGGAGGAGAUGGCGGGCUUUUGGCCAGGCCGGGUGGAAUGGAUUGACGAUGAAGCACUACAGGAUGAUGAAGCAGGACGCGCCGACGCUCACACUGAAGGUACUUUGUCGCCAGCCACGACGAAACUGAGCCAACAAGCCCGACGCACCCACAAGGAGAUUGAACGGCUCCUGGUGGGCUGGGGUGAAGUGAUAUGGAUAAUUCACGUCCACCCCGGAAGCAAGGGGUUUGGCAAACAUGUGGGCGAGAAAUCCAUUGGAAGGGCUGAGAUUGUAAAGAUACUUCGCAUGGAUUGCAUUAUUUCUGGCAUCUCCUUAUAUACCCCGAAUCUCCUAUUGGUCCUUGCUUACUGCAAGCCGGAUGAAGACGAAGACGAAGACCCUCAGAAGCCCAGGCCUGGGAAAGGCCACAAGGCGCAGCCAUCUACUGCGUCAAGCGGUAGUGAGCCCUCAGGCGGACGCAAGCGUCGGCGAAAUGCGCAGCGCCCCGAGUUGAGACUGAUCGAUCUCAACUCGCAAGCCGAAGUCCACACGGACACUCUCACAGUACGGAGCUUUGAGGGACUUUCUUCCAAUGAUUACCAUCUUGGUGUGCUACCAGCUACGAAGGCCGCCUCUGUAGUUGCAUCUAGGGGUACUCUGGAAGCUUUGGCCGGUAUCGGCAACGACAUGUGGAAUGCUGCUAUUAAUCCAAAAGCCUUGUUCAGUUCCGGUGCGAGCAUCAGGAGCAGAGACAGUAACGAUGCCGCCUCUUCGGGUCACCGAAUAGGAAGUACGGCAGGCAGUGUGCGAGUUAGUUCUCAAUCAUUCUCCCAGCCCGUACAUCCCAAUCUUGUGAAACCAGGGGCAAAGAUUUUCAUACACAGCGUGUAUGACUGCAUACUCGCCACCAGCAGGGACCGGGGUGAUCAUCUUGCUUGGCUCUUGGAACACAAGAGAUACCAAGAGGCGUGGGAGUUGCUGGACAAGCAUCCCGAUAUCAUGAACACUCCGCUCGAGAGGCCCUCUGAGCUUGGCUCAUCAACACCCGAUCGACAGUCGUCGGUAACGGAGGACUUCUAUGAAGAGAGUUUAUCCGGGGCUGAGCUCCGCGGAUCAGCUUCGAACACAUUGACGGAAAAGGAAAAACGGCGGAUCGGUGAGCUGUGGGUCCAAGAGCUUGUUGAAGAAGGCGAGUGGAAUCAAGCCGCUGCAGUUAUAGCCAAGGUGGUCAACACGCCGGACCGCUGGGAGAAAUGGGUCUACACUUUUGCAGGAGCAAAGAAGUUUGAUGAGAUUGCAAACUACAUCCCGUCCGAACCCAUGCACCCCCCGAUUCCCGGCACAAUAUACGAGAUUGUGCUGGGCCACUACAUCCAAACCGACAAGCCACGAUUCAAAGAGUUGCUUGAUCACUGGGGCUCGGAGCUUUUCAACGUACACGAAAUCUCUACAGCACUUGAGGAUCAACUCAGAUACCGUGAUGUGCGGGAGGAAAGUGUCGAAGACGGGGAGAAAGGACGGGAUUGGAGAAUUGUGGUUGAGAGUUUGGCUCGGCUAUACGAGGCAGAGGGGCGGUACCGAGACGCCCUGAAACGUUACAUCAAGCUCCAGGAUGCAGACUCGGCCAUGCGGCUGAUUAGAGACAACCAUCUUGCUGAAGCUGUCACUGAUGACGUUCCAAGCUUCAUCGCGCUUAGGGUGCCGGAAGCACAGCUCAGUCGGAUGAGCGUGGAUGAGCUUGAAGAGGCUACCUCGGAGGCCAUCACGUUACUGGUGGAAGAAACACAUCGGGGUCUCGUCAAACCUGAGAUUGUGGUCACACAGCUGGAACAAAAGAACUUGAACACAUACCUCUACUUCUACUUCCAAGGUCUGUGGGCCGAGUACCGGGAGCGUCCUGUCGACGAGACGGUAUCACUCCUCGACAGCUACGCCGAUCUAGCAGUUCACAUAUUCGCCGCCUUCAAACGUGAGCUUCUCAUGGAUUUCCUCAAGGUAUCGACAUCCUACUCUUUCGACAAGGCAGUUCAAGAGUGUGAAAAUUCCAACUACAUUCCCGAGCUCGUCUACCUAUACUCCCGGACUGGGCAGAUGAAGCGGGCACUAUACCUCAUCAUCGACCGGCUGGGUGAUGUGUCGCAGGCCAUUGCAUUCGCCAAGGAACAGAACGAUCCAGAUUUAUGGGAGGAUCUGUUGAACUAUAGCAUGGACAAGCCUCGAUUUAUCCGUGCUCUGCUGGAGGAAGUAGGCACCUCGAUCGACCCGAUCACCCUCAUCCGGCGUAUCCCAGGGGGCCUGGAGAUCCCUGGGCUUCGUGAAGGUCUCAAGCACAUCAUGAAGGAACACGAGAUCCAGUACAGCAUCUCGUCCGGAGUGGCUCGUGUGCUGAGGUCCGAGGUGGCGGCAGCGCAGAACCAGCUGCGUAGUGGCCAACGCAAGGGAAUCAAGUUUGGUGUCGUUGUUCAGGGCUCAAACCAUAUAGACAUUCAGAUCAAAGAGGUACCCAGCAUCGCAACUGCAAGCACCUUGACCCCCACUGCAACGCUCCAUACAAACGUCUCGGAGAUUUCCACCGCCGCUCCGGUCGUGCCCCCAAGCCGGGGUAGUAUUAGGGACGGGCAUCAGCCCGAGCACGACCAUAGAGAAGCGCAGCCUGGCCACUGUGCGAGCUGCCACGAGCCCUUCACCGAAUGGGAGAUGGAGACGUUGGUGGGCUUCGCAUGUGGCCAUGUAUUCCACAUCACGCAUCUGCUGGAGGCCCUGGGUCAGCGGGUGGACUCCGGGGUACUAAGCAGCGGUGAGGACCGCUCCAGGGGCGGUAGACUCGUUGGUAGCAAGGUCACACGUGCAAGGCUGUUGCGGGACCGUGUCGAGGGGUGCCCUAAGGUCUCCAAGUGCUUUGGUCUGGCUCCCCGCGCACAUAUAAUGAAGCUAGAUGCCGCACAGAUACCCACAGGCUGGUACCUGGACGACUGCGCCUACAUCAAGUAUAGGCUCGUGACCUCUGGGUUCAAGUCGGACCUAUUCUGGUUUCCUACCAUCACACAAGCGGCAGUUCUCAGUCUCAACCGCCACACACUGCAGCACCAACGACGACGACCAGCUCAACUGCCUCCGCACGCUCGUCAAGCACAGCUCGUCAAGGUGCCCUUCGAGAACCUGACGCAGCACUACUCCUGGCACCGCGUCGUCGACGUCAAGCCGCAGCACCUGUUCCGCAAGAUCGUUGCGGGGGCUGAUGGGGUUGGGGGUCGCGGUCGCGGCGGCUACUGCAUGGAGGCCAACUCGCUCUUCCACACCGUGCUGCUGAGCCUGGGCUUCGCCGUCUACGUGGCCGGCGCGCAGGUGUAUGAACCGUCCGAGGGGAUAUACGGAUUCUCGCACUGCGUCAACAUCGUCACGAUCGGCGGGGUGCGGUACAUCGUCGAUGUCGGCUUCGGGGCUAAUGGGCCAGUCGGGCCUGUACCGCUUGAAGCUGGGCUCGAACAUGCGCAUGUUGAGCCGGCGCGCGUGCGGUUGCUGCAUGAGCCUAUUCCGCAGCAGACGGACCAGGGGUGUCGCGUGUGGAUUUAUCAGCACUGCGAUAUCCGCGGCAUGAAUCUAAGUCCCUGGACGAGCAACACGUCGUUCUUCACGCGCAAGGUGGUCGUCGUGCGCUUCACGACGGACCAGGAGGAUGAUGGUGACUCGGGGCCGGGGCCGGGGUCGGCGGGCACGGAGGCUGUCGCGGAGGGUGCGGUCGAUGGUGCGCUGAUUUUGUUUGAGGAUAGCCUCAAGUGGCGGCGUGGUGGCGAGACGAAACUUGAGAUCAAAUUUGAGACCGAGAGUAUGAGGGUUGAUGCUUUGAGGAGGUAUUUUGGCAUCGAGCUGGAUGAUGAGGAUAGGGAGGCUAUUCGUGGGACUGUUAGUGAGAUUGUGGGAUCUAGGAAGCGAAUAUCGGGAUAG